AUGACCAUAAAAGAACAGUCCUUGGCCCCAGCCUUGUACAUCACAGGACUGGGAUCGCAAUAUCCGCCCUAUUUACUAGGACCCAAGGACUUUGAUGACUUCGCAUCGAGCUUUUAUGAUGUGAGCCGCCCAGGAAUCAAAAAGUUGCUCCAGGUCAACCGCUCCACCGGUAUCGAAACCAGAUCUGCAGUCCGACCGUAUGAGGAAGGAUUUGCAACGAAAACGGACCCACCUUCGAUCAAUGAGAUUGACGAAUUUUUCCGUCAAGCCGGGGUGGACCUCGCUGUUCAAGCAUGCCAAAAGGCUCUCAAAGAAGCAAAUGUUGCUCCUCAGCAAAUCACUCACACGAUCGGGGUCACUUGUACCAACCAAGGUAAUCCGGGGUACGAUUUUCACGUAGCCCGUAAAUUGAACCUUGCAUCGAAUGUCGAUCGCAUGCUUCUCCACGGUGUUGGAUGUGCAGGUGGGCUGUCAAUCUUGAGGGCUGCAGCCCAGAUAGCCAGCGCGGCAAGCCUGCGACGGCAACCGGCCCGCAUUUUGGCAUUUGCUUGCGAGCUGUGUACGCCCAAUGUGCGACAUUAUCUGUCCGUCGCAGAGCUCAGUGCGGAUUCUGAUCCUGUCAACAUUGCGGCAGCUCUGUUCUCAGAUGCUGCGGCUGCUUUUGUUCUUUGUAAUGAGUAUGCAAUAGCCCAGGACGAGCAAGUCACUCCUCAGUUCGAGCUCCUGGAAUGGGGGUGUGAUUUGGUUCCGGAUACCGCUGAGCAUAUGUCGUUUUAUGCAGAUAUCAAUGGUUCGUCAAUCGUCAUUGUUGUUUUAAGAAACCUCAACUAA